CAGAUCUUUAUCGACUCAAAAUCAAUCCAAAAUGGCAACUUCAGUGCUGAAUCCAAAGGCGCCGAUAUUCGUCCCGUCGGCAUACCGAGCGGUGGAAGACUUUUCCGAUGAGUGGUGGGAUCUCGUCCAGUCUUCUCCCUGGUUCCGUGAUUACUGGCUCCGCGAGUGCUUCUCCGAUCCACAAUUCGAUCCAUCGCCGUUUCUCGACGAACACAACAAUAACAAUAGCCUCAUCGCCGAUGCCGUUACUCAAGGGAAAGAGAGCAGCAGAGAUCUGGUGGCGUUGGGGUGGUUGAAGUGGAGGAAGCCGCGUGGAGAGGUGGAGGUGCCUAGGUACUGCCACAAGGCACCCAAGAUUGUGAACAUGAAGGUCAAACCGAGGGCGAUCCAGCAGCCGCGCUAGAGUUGAUUCUGAAUUUGAGUUUAAUCCUGUAUAGUUUGUAGUGAUAAAGUUGCUGCCUUCUUGUUUCAACCAAACAUCUGCUUUCAUUUCAAUCUUCCUUCUCCACUUCUGUGUUUGUUGUGGAAGAUUUGCGUAUUUAAAUAACAUUGUUGAAUUUGGUUUA